AUGCGAUCCAAGUUUAAGGACGAGCACCCUUUCGAGAAGCGAAAGGCCGAGGCCGAACGCAUCCGACAGAAGUAUGCCGACCGCAUUCCUGUCAUCUGCGAGAAGGUCGAGAAGAGCGACAUCGCCACGAUUGACAAGAAGAAGUACCUUGUCCCCGCAGAUCUUACCGUAGGCCAGUUUGUCUACGUCAUCAGGAAGCGCAUCAAGCUCUCUCCCGAGAAGGCCAUCUUCAUCUUCGUCGAUGAGGACGAGGAUGGAUUCCUAUACAUCACGUACUCUGGAGAGAACACUUUCGGCGACUUUGAGACCGCUUAA